AUGGAUAUCGCACUUGAGAUCAUGGACACGUACGGGUUCGACUAUGUCUACUCUACGCUGCUUCCCGCGCCGUCUGCUCCGUACAACCUAGCGAGCAGUGAUUUUGGCGGCAAUGCCACCGCUCUCUCGUCCUGGACCUACAAGCCGACGUCUUUCCUAUUCACACUGGAGCCGAGCAAGUAUGCCUACAUGAGCGCCUGGAACCGCGACAACAUGCUUCGGCAGUACAUUUCUCUGUUCUUGAUAACCUGGAUCUUUGGACUAUUUACUUACUUCCUCUUCUCGACUCUCUCUUACGUUGUCAUCUUCGAUAAGAAAACGGCCGAACACCCUAAGUACCUGAAGAACCAGGUGUGGCUGGAGAUCAAGCAGGCCAGCACGGCUAUGCCCGUCAUGGCGCUGCUCACUGCGCCUUUUUUCCUCGCCGAGGUCCGCGGCUACGGCAAGCUGUAUGAACAUACCUCUGACGGCCCUGGCCGGUGGUACGACAUUGCGCAGAUGCCCUUCUUCCUCUUCUUCACCGACAUGUUCGUCUACAUGAUUCACCGCGGGCUCCACCAUCCCGCUAUCUACAAGAACCUGCACAAGCCGCACCACAAGUGGAUCAUGCCCACACCCUUUGCCUCGUACGCUUUCCACCCCGUCGACGGCUGGAUGCAGAGCCUGCCCUACCACAUCUACCCCAUGAUCCUGCCGCUGCAGAAGUGGGCGUACCUGGCUCUGUUCAUCAUCAUCAACUUUUGGACUAUCAUGAUCCACGACGGCGAGUUCGUCUCGGACAACCCAAUUAUCAACGGUGCAGCCUGCCACAGUGUUCAUCACUAUGCGUUCAACUACAACUACGGGCAGUACUUUACCCUGUGGGACCGCAUCGGCGGCAGCUACCGUUGCCCCGAUAAAGCCGUCUUUGACAAGAAGGCCAAGAUGAGCAAGGAGACGUGGAAGCAGCAGGUCGACGUCAUGGAGGAUAUCAUCAAGGAGGUUGAGGGCGAAGACGACCGCAUUUACGACCCGGUCGUCGUGGAGUCCAAAAAGAGCCGGUGA